CGUCCUUGCCUGUAUAAAAGAUGCUCGGUUUCUACAAGGUCUCAGACUUCCACUGUUACCCCACAGCGUCCGACAAACCCCUUUUACGCAUUGCCAUUUACGCGCUGGUGUUGUCCCUUACUAUAGAUUUAAUACCGGCUUCUAUUUCUUGCUUAAGAAUGAAAUUUUGCCAACGACCGCAACAAUGCAAUCCGCGUUUUAUUCUACAUCUUUAAACUACGAAACAACGACACCUGCUAAACUAAGUAUGGAAUCGGACGUUUUGCUGAUGAAUGACACCCUCGUUCCCCUGGGAAAUGUCUCUGCAAAGGAUUUGGAGAACACACGGGCUCUCUACCAUGGACAGUUCUCUCCAUCCGUCUCUGUGUUUUUGGCAGUACUGAUGACUCUUCUCGUCUUCGCCACAGUCCUUGGCAAUGCACUCGUAAUCCUCGCAUUUGCUGUGGAGAAAAGUUUGCGAACUCAAGGCAACUUUUUCUUCCUUAAUUUAGCUAUAGCUGACUUUCUCGUGGGUGGCUUUUGCAUUCCAGUCUAUAUUCCGUAUGUUCUGACUGGUGAAUGGAAACUUGGACGAGGUCUUUGUAAACUGUGGCUCGUGGUGGACUACAUGCUCUGCUCGGCGUCUGUGUUCAACAUUGUCCUCAUCAGCUUCGACCGAUUUAUUUCAGUCACCAGAGCGGUGAGCUACAGGUGUCAGAAAGGGAUCACGCGAGACAUAGUGCUGAAGAUGGCCAGUGUGUGGCUGGCUGCCUUUCUGCUUUAUGGCCCGGCCAUUAUCAGCUGGGAGCACAUUGCUGGGAAGAGCAUUGUACCAGAGGGCGAGUGCUACGCUGAAUUUUAUUUCAACUGGUAUUUUCUUAUGACAGCCUCAACAGUGGAGUUUUUCACACCCUUCAUAAGUGUAACAUACUUCAACCUCAGCAUCUACAUCAAUAUCAGGAAGCGCAACCUCAUGAGGAACGAUCACCUGACAGCAGGGCCAGGAGACUGUGAAAUGGAAUUUCAAGGCAGUAGCAAGAAACGGCAGGUGUUUUUUGUCAGGCCUGCAGCUGGAAGGAGUGAGGGGAGGAAAACCAAGAGCUGUCAGGUUGCCAGUGCCAAAGUGUCAGUGGGAGAGAGCAGUGCUAAGAAAAUCGAUUGUCAGUCCAUAGACUUGCCACCUUUACAAAUGGAAGACCUAAUCCAACAACAUGGUGACAGCUGUUACAAACCUGUAGAACAGUUUUAUGGAACACAGCGCAGGUCUGAUGUGGCCACUAGCAUUGCAAGUCGCUUUAGGCUUUCCAGGGAUAAAAAGGUGGCCAAGUCUUUAGCAGUGAUCGUCUGUGUGUUCGGUUUAUGCUGGGCUCCUUAUACCCUGCUUAUGAUCAUCCGGGCUGCCUGUCAUGGCCAGUGUGUGCAACACUAUCUCUAUGAGAUCUCGUUCUGGCUUUUGUGGAUUAACUCCUCCAUCAAUCCUGUUCUGUACCCACUGUGUCACAUGAGUUUCAGAAAAGCAUUUAUGAAAUUGCUCUGUCCCAGAAAAAUAAAAAUCCAGCCUCACUAUUUUGAGCAGAAGUGCUAAAAAGACCCAAAUUUUUUUACUGUGAUUGUUUUCUUCGGCACAAUGGUAAAGUGGUAGAGGGAAUCAAAUCAAAAUCCUGCUGUUUGUAUUUAUACAUGUGCACUGAGUUAUGUAAGAUGUGUAUCCUGAAUGGUAGUUUUUCUAUGUUUGAAAAAAAAUAACUUGGAUUGUGUAUAAGCAUAGCAGUUAC